UAGCAGCCAUGUGCCCUGACCUUUCCUUUUUUUUUUUUUUUUGAAAUGCCAGAAACCCAGAAUUUUUUUUUUUUUUUUAAGACAAGGUCUGGCUCUGUUGCCCAGGUUGGAGUGUAGGAGGGCGAUCUCAGCUCACUGCAGCCUCAACCUCCCUGAGCUCAGGUGAUCCUCCCACCUCAGCCUCCCAAGUAGCUGGGACCACAGGUGCACAUCACUGUACCCAGCUAAUUUUUGUAUUUUUUGUUUUUAAGGGAUGGAAUUUCACCAUGUUGCCUAGGUGGGUCUUGAACUCCUGGGCUCAAGGGAUUCGCCCACCUAAGCCUCCCACAGUGUUGGGAUUAUAGGUAUGGGCCACCAUGCCUCACCCUAGAGACUAUUUUUAAGACUAGUUUUAGGUUCUCAGAAAAAUGGAGAAGAUAGAGAUUUCCCAUAUCCCUCUGACCCCAUACACGCAUAAGCUCCCCAUGAUCCCCCACCAAAGUUGUACAUUUGUUAGAACUGAUGAACCUAUGUUGACAUUAUCGUCAUUGGAUUCUCAUUAUCAUCCAAAGUCCAUAUUUUACAUUAGGGUUCACUCUUGGUGCUUUACAUUCUAUGGGUUCAGACAAGUAUAUAAUAACAUGUAUUCACCAUUAUAGUAUCAUACGGAGUAUUUUCACUGCCCUAAAAAUCCUUCUGGGCUUUGCCUGUUCAUUCCUCUCUUACUCCUAAUUCCUGGCAACCACUGAUACUUUUGCCUUUUCUAGAAUAUCAUAUAUUUGGAAUCAUACAGUAGAUAGCCUUUUCAGAUAGAUUUCUUUCACUUAGUAAUAUGCACUUAAGUUUUCUCCAGGUCUUUUUUUGGCUUGAUAGCUCAUUUCUUUUUAGUGCUGAAUCAUAUUUCAUUGUCUUAAUGAACCACAGUUUAUUUAGCCAUUCACCUACAGAAGGACAUUUGGUUGCUUCCAAGUUUUGGCAAUUAUGGAUAAAGCUGCUAUCAACAUCCAUAUACAGGUUUUCAUGUAGACGUAAGUUUUCAACUCCUUUGUGUAAAUACCAAAGAGUGUGUUUGCUGGGUUAUAAGGCAAAAACAUGUUUGCUUUUGUAAGAAACCACCAAAAUGUCUUCCAAAGUGGCUGUAUGAUUUUGCAUUCCCACCAGCUGUCACUGCUAAUUGGGCAGACCUCCUUUAGAGAUGUCACCAAAGAUAGUGUAAUGCUCUUCACUGUAGGCAUUUAUGAUCUAUACAAGAAUAACAGUGGAUUCUGGGUCAGUGCCUUUAUUUUAUCCUGCCAAGUUCAAGAGAAAGGUUUUUUCUUAUUCUAAGAGAAGACUGUUAUGGUAAAGUAAAAGGAAGAAAUAUAUAAUUACUCUUCUAUUGAGGAGGGAGAAGAAGGAAACACUGUGAUGUAAAUGGCAGAAAUUCAAUAAUUUAAUUCAAACUAAAGAGAAUGGGAAUGUAUUGAAUUCAGGAAUGGAAUGUAACGGGAAACUCCACUGGUGGUCUUCAGGCAUGGCUGAAUCCCGUGUCUCAAAUGAUAUCAUCAGGAAUAUGUUCCUCCCAUCCCUCAGCUCUGUGUUCCUUGGUGUGGUCUUUACUUUUUCCACUUGGUAAUAUGAAUGUCCUCCAAUAUCCUCCCCUACUGCCAGAGAUACCAGAGAAAGGAGAGCUUCUCUGAUAGUUCCAUCAAAACUCCCAGGGAUGACUCUGAUUGGUCAGCCUGCAUCACAUGCCAGUUUUCUCGGUCAAGGAAGUGGGACCAUGUGAUUGACAUGAGUAUAAGACAAUCUGUUCCUGAAAGAAAAGGGUGCUGGGGGAAAAGGCAACAGAUGUCCACCACAGCAUGUUUUUUCACUUUACUGGUUAUUAUCUCUUUUUAGACUCCCUCAGCACUGGACAGCCGAGGCCACGAAGGACUUGGGACCCUUUCUAGUACUUUUCUCAGGAGAUGAAUUAAGCUCUAUAGCCACAAAGUUUCCUGAGAUCCUUCUGCAAGCAGCUUCCAAGAUGGCCAGGACCCUGCCCCCUAAAGAAUUCCUCUGGGCUGUCUUUCAAUCUGUUCGGAACAGCAGUGAUUAAGAUCCCCAGCUCUGACCCUAUGCCUAGUUGCCAUGGAGUCGUGGCCCCCUCUUCUGAUGACAUCUUCAAGUUGGCCGAAGCCAAUGCCUGCUGGGCCCUGGAGGACCUGCGGUGCAUGGAGGAAGACACAUUCAUCAGGACUGUGGAACUGCUGGGAGCUGUCCAGGGUUUCAGCCGGCCUCAGCUGAUGACCCUGAAGGAGAAAGCAAUACAGGUUUGGGACAUGCCAUCUUACUGGAGAGAACACCAUAUCGUCUCCCUGGGGUGCAUUGCUCUGGCUCUUAAUGAGAGUGAGCUGGAGCAGCUGGACCUCAGCUCCAUAGACACUGUGGCUUCCCUAAGCUGGCAAACAGAAUGGACCCCGGGACAGGCUGAAUCCAUUUUGCAAGGGUACCUGGAUGAUUCAGGAUACAGUAUCCAGGACCUGAAGAGCUUUCAUUUGGUAGGACUUGGUGCAACCCUGUGUGAUAUAAACAUCACUGAAAUCCCACUUAUAAAGAUCUCAGAAUUCAGGGUGGUAGUGGCCAGAAUUGGGACCCUGCUCUGCAGCACACAUGUCUUAGCCGAGUUUAAGAGGAAGGCUGAAGUUGUGUUUGGGGAUCCCACUGAGUGGACCAGUUCUGUCUUGCAGGAGCUUGGGACCAUUGCAGCUGGAUUAACUAAGGCAGAGCUCCGGAUGCUUGACAAGGAUUUGAUGCCAUAUUUCCAGCCAUCAGCAAUAAAAUGCCUUCCUGAUGAGAUAUUCAAAGAGCUGUCCGCGGAGCAGAUCGCCUCCCUGGGUCCGGAGAACGCCGCGGCGGUGACCCACGCCCAGCGCCGGCGGCUCAGUCCACUGCAGCUGCAGAGCCUCCAGCAGGCGCUAGAUGGCGCCAAGACUCACUCCUGGCAGGACGCGCCCGCUAGCGCCGGUCCCACUAGAACCUCAUCCUCGCGUUCUCCCGCAGGAGCUCUCCAGUCGUGGGGUCUCUGGCUUGGUUGUCCCCUGCUGGUUCUAAUGGCCAAGCUCCUGUGGUGAGUGGCCUGAGCGCAUCGUCCUGUGUUGCCCCAAGCAGCUGGCCAACGUGUGUAGAGACAGCAUGCUCCAGAUGGUGGGACACCGUUCCCUGGAUCCAGACCCUCAUCUAGGGCAGGGAAACCCUGGGGCCUUGAUGGUGAAAAUGCACCCCAAAUGAAAAAUAAUUAUUAAAAAUGAUCUUGCAAAUUA